AAGCCUGGUGUGCUGCUGUUCAUGAGGUCAGACAUGACUGAGCAACUAAGCAACAAUACAACAUCUACAAUCCAGGUUUUUCUUCUCCCUCAGUCAACUUGUCAUAAGCAACUCCCUGGAGGCCACAGGCAUGGAAUGAGGGGGCAAAGCAACAGGAGUUGGUGUUGCAGUGGUCUGAGCCACCCACCUAUACAAUCCUACGUCACGGACCUGAGUUUGGUCUCUUAUAUACCGUUUCCACUUGAUGAUAGACUGCUACUGUGCAUGCCUAACUUUAUAACCAGAUAGGUCCAACAGCAUCCAUAUUAUGAUUAGAUCUCAAACUGCCUGAUCACCUCAUUCAGCUUCUACCAAGAUUAAGUAGCAAACCAGAACCUGCUUCUCAAAAGGAGAAUAGUUACUGGCAAAAGAGGACAUAGAUUUGCUUUAAAAUCCUAGAGGUCUGCACUGCAGUACUGUUGGUGCUUGUCAGAGAUUCCAUCUGGCUUCCCCAUUUGACACUUCAAGUAUCAUUGGAUCUUUUGGAUCACAAGACCCAAGUGGUACAGCAGCCUGUUGUUGCUGAUUAGUCACCCCCAUGGACUGUAGCUCACAGGCUCCUCUGUCCGUGGGCUUUCCCCAGCAAGAAUACUGCAUUGGGUUGCCAUUUCCUUCUCCAGAGUAUCUUCCCAACCCGGGGAUUGAACUCACAUCCCCUGCGCUGUAGGCAGAUCCUUUACCACUGCACCACCUGGGAAAUCAGCUCCUACUUCAGCCUAAACAGCUGCAGAGCCUUGUCUUGUUUUACUCCUAAGUCCGCCAGCCUGUGGAUGGGUUGACGUUGCAUACUCAGAUGUGUAUGUUGCCUCCAAAGUGACCUACCAAGUUUGUGCCUCUUUCUUUUUGUAGGUGAUACAAGAUACAGCUAUUCAUCUUUCACCCUGGUGGGGAUAUUUCAAAAUGCUCCAGACCAAUGAACCCUCACAAAUUUCACAGCUGAUACCAAUUCUGUGUCCGCCUGAGUCCAUUCAGGAGAAAGAAGCCAUGGAAUAACAUGAACUGAGAAAGAUUAGUAUAAGAAGUAUAUUAAUUAUAAUAGGGGAGUGGAGUAAUGAGGGAUUAGCUAGUAAAAAGUGGAGAAUUCUAAGUAAUAUAAGGAUGGUAGCUAUAAGAAACAGCCAAAAGCUGUUAACUGUGCUGUGAUUGGCCAUUUCUUUGUCCCAUCACUUAGACUGUAGGGUCCUUAAGAGCAGGGACCACAUGCCUUGUUCUCCAUUGUAUCUCCAGUGCUAAGGGGGAGACCUAGCACCCCAAAGGCUAGGAGUAAAUGAGUGAAUGAAUGAAUGCACGAAAGUAGCUAAUAUUGGUACUCUAGUAGCAACAUGCAGGAGAAUUACCCUGUUUCCUGUCCCGUAUGGCCAGAUUACAACACACACCUGGAUGCUUCCAUCCAAUCUGAGAAAAUGCUGAUAAUACUUUCAAGGGAGUCACCAGCGGAGGGCUGUGUGUAGCCUUUGUCACCCUCUCCUAGUAUGAAAGAAAGUGUCGGUGGCUCACCGGUGUUCGACUCAUAAACUGUAGCCCCCCAGGCUCCUCCGUCCAUGGAACUCUCCAGGCAAGAAUACUGGAGUGGGUAGCCAUUCACUUCUCCAGGGGACCUUUCCCACGUAGGGAUCAAACCCUGGUCUCCUACAUCGCAGGCAGAUUCUUUACCAUCUGAGCCAGCAGGGAACCUCUCCUAAAGGAGAGGCAAGCCUAGCGCAUUUGCCUUGACUGUCCCCUCUGGGUUCUUAGUCCCCAAGCUGAAAGCUAAAAACAAUAACCCCCCAAAGAGUCUCACUCUGGCCCUGACUGCUACGUGAAUCCAUGCACACCACGGGGCCUUGGCUGUUGGGACCGGAACAAGUGUCGAUGGGAUUCCCAUCAAAGGCUCCUCUCCAGACCUGGGAAAGCAACUGCGUGGGGGCGGGCUGAGCCGAGCCAACGCGAGGAGGGGCGGGGCGCCGGCAGGCCCAGAAAACAGGCCCGGGUCGGACCCCCGGUAGAGGCGGAGCCAUGGUGGACCCGUUUAGGGAGCGCACCGCCCGGCUGCUGAUGGACUACCUCGAGUUCUGCGCCCGGGAGCCCGGCACCCCGGCUCCUGCGCCCUCCACGCCCGAGGCUGCCGUGCUGCGCCACGUGGCCGUCCGUGUCCAGGAAGCAAAUCGAAACGUCUUGCUCCUUUACCGCCGCUUCCGCAGGCACCGCGUCGAGCUGGUGGCCAGGAUGGCGCAGAGGCUACUCGACGAAGACCCUGGCCCCAGCUGGGGCCGCGUGGCCUCACUCGUGACCUUCGCGGGGUCGCUGCUGGAGAGGCCGCCGCAGACGACCCGACGGCAGAAGAGAGACGACGACGGCGUUAGCAGGGACCGUCGGCUCCUGGUGGCCCUUCUGUGUGCCCAGUUCUGCGAAAGGCACCGCGCCUGGAUGAUGGCCAACGGCGGCUGGGAUGGAUUUUGUCUCUUCUUCAGCCACUCAUUGCAGCCAUCUUGGGAAAGACAGCUGGUCUGGUUUUUCCUCUCAUACUGGACAGUAAUAAUCAUAAUCUACUUCUGGAUGAAAUUAUCGUCCUAUGUUCUUGCCGGACGUAUUCCAGCUCUUUGACUUAUGUCACCAUUGGGAAUAGAAUCUGGAGAGAAUGUUUUGCCUUCCCACAGAGAAGAGGUCACCGAACAGAGGUCAGAAAUUGGAGGCAGGAUGGAGUGUGGAGAAACAGUUUUGAUGACAUGACUGAAAUCUCAUGAUUUGAGUGUGCCUGAAGCUACUUGGGGCUUGAUAAUUUUCCUUUUCGGCUUAAACUUUUUUUUAAAACUUUUUAUUUCU